ACAACGAUCUUUUCUCUUUAGACGUCUCUUCUGCUCUUCAGCACCAGAAAAAAAACCCAAACCCGCUUCAACACAAGCACUCCACUCUUUCUCUUCUACACCAUGAAAUCUUUUACCUUCGUAGCCGCUCUCAUCUCCGUCCUUCCCGCCGUCUUGGGAUUGACCAUCAACACACCGAGCAACGUUGUUGUGUGUGAACCCCAACAAUUCACCUGGUCGGGCGGUGCUGCACCUUACUACCUAUCUCUUGUUCCCGGUGGACAGUCCAUGGCCUCGCCUAUCAAGCAAUUCCCCACUCAGUCCGGUACCGCGUACACGUGGAAUGUUGAUUUGCAAGCUGGCACCACCUUCAACAUCGCCCUCAAGGAUAGCACUGGCGCUACUGCGUACUCUGACAUUGUGACUAUUCAGUCCGGUGGCAGCACAAGCUGUGUGAACACCUCGGUUCAGGAGGGAUCCGCUACCGCUGGAAGUGCUCCCCCCGCUACUGGUGGAAGCUCGCCUGCCACCGGUGGAUCGCGCCUUCCGCCACCACGGGUGGUUCUACUCCCUCUGGUAGCGCCUCGCCAUCUUCUGGCUCCAGCGCCUCCGGCUCUGCUGCGCCCAGCUCUUCGAGCCCAAGCAGCAACGGUGGUGCCCGUCUCACCGUGUCCUCUGCUUUCGGCGUUGCUGGAAUCAUGGGUCUUGUCGGAGCAGUUCUUUUCUAAUUUCCUGAUAUAUCAGGCUUUAUGAUCCGACGGACACGAGUUUACUAUACUAUGGGACCUCAUUUAUGUUCACUCUGAAUGCUACCUGUCAUUGCUUCGCCCUUAUACCAGAUCAUCAUUUAGUGACCUUACCUGUUACGGCUCGCAGUCUAAGCUCGAUUUGUUAUUUUACGAUAUAUGUGAGACGACGUACUGGUCGCAAGCGAGUAAUCUGACCAGAAUUUCUGUGAUGAUAU